CAUGUUUGGGUUUACCCAAAAGCCAAUGGGCAUUUUAGACAGGAAGUAAACUACACAUUUGUGAAAAAAUAUGCGUGUUGUUGUUUAUUAGCUAACAAACCAUUUUAAGAGCAAUCCUUAUGUACUUAUGAUGUCUCUCUCAUCAAACUGAAGCGACAAGGGGAGGUAAAUUGUUGAAAUGUCGUUCCCCCAACCCAAACCUGAGAUCCCUCAGGUCCCGCAACACCUACUCAGGACCAUAGACUGUCAACAAGGUGCUGUUAGAGCUGUACGAUUCAAUGCUGACGGUAACUACUUGCUAUCCUGUGGUAGCGACAAAUCUCUGAAGCUGUGGAGCGUGAGUAGGGGAACGCUACUGAAGACGUACAGCGGUCAUGGAUACGAGGUGCUGGAUGCUGAUGGUUCCUAUGACAACAGCCAGCUGUGUUCCUGCAGCUCGGACAAGACUGUGAUUCUGUGGGACGUGGCAACCGGCCAGGUCACCCGGAAACUUCGUGGUCAUGCUGGGAAAGUCAACUGUGUCCAGUUCAAUGAAGAGGCUACCGUCAUCCUAUCUGGUUCCAUUGAUGGUACAGUGCGGUGCUGGGACACCAGAUCCAGAAAGUUUGACCCCAUUCAGAUUCUGGAUGAGGCCCGGGAUGGCAUCAGCAGUCUGAAGGUGUCAGAACAUGAGCUACUCACCGGCUCCGUGGAUGGGAGAGUGAGACGCUACGACCUGCGGAUGGGACAGCUGCAUGUGGACUUCAUCAACAGCCCCGUCACGUGCGUGUGUUUCAGUGCGGACGCCCAGUGCACCCUGACCUCCAGCCUGGACUCGACCGUCAGGCUCCUGGACAAGAGCACCGGGGAGAUGCUGGGAGAAUACACCGGCCACACCAUGAAGGGCUACAAGCUGGACUGCUGCCUGUCCAGUAAGGACACCCACAUACUGAGUUGCUCUGAGGACGGCCACGUGUACUGCUGGGACCUGGUGGAGGGCUCUCUGACGCUGAAGCUGCCUGUCGGGAAAGCUGUCGUCCAAUCGCUGUCCUUUCACCCGUCGGAAACCUUCCUCCUCACAUCCAUGGAGGGGCGGGUCCAGGUGUGGGGGGUGGAGCCAGAGGAAACAGAGGAGGAUGGGGAUGUUGUAGUUGUGAAAAAGGAGAAGGUGUAGCAGCCACUCGUUGGACAUUACAAAAGUCAGUGAUAUUAUCAGAAAUGAUUAGCAGAUUCCAUGUCCAUGACAUGUUUGUUUCAAGCUUGUGGUAACAGAUUGGGUUUUAGUUGAGGAAAAUGGUUAAAAUCGCAUUUGCGGUUAAAAACUGAUGAUUAGCUUGGCAGUUAAUGCUCUAGGGUGGCAAGACCAGUUAAAAAAAAAUAUGAAUUGUAAAUAUUUUGUCAAAGGUGAACCUUGAAUAAAUCUUUUUCUUUUUUUAAAGUCUUGUGGGAUAUAGUAUUAUUUAUUGAUAAAGCUUUAAGAGGAAAAUGUAAGUUUACUCACACACUGGUCAUAACAAUAACAUGUAAAUAUGGUUGUCUUUAUUAAGAACUGUACAUGAACUUGGCAUAUAAACAAAAUAAAUUAUGUAGCA